UUCUCUCGACGAUGACAUCGUCCGUGGAUUGCUGAGCAGCAACGUGACGAUUCUGUACCGAUCCGGAAGUAACGGAAGAUGAAACUAAGAACUUAGGCAGGCAUGACGAAGUGGAACAUCGAGAAUUGAAGUUUCGGGGAUUUAUAUGGCCUAGUUCGGCGCGAUCCUCCUCUCCAAGGAUACACGAGAAUGCUCAGGAGAUAAUUGGGUAUUGAAGCGAAGGUGUCAGUGGUUCUGCAAGUUACUGCCACCGCAAUUUUUUCCCAGUGAAAUGGAGAUAAAUGGGACAGACAGCAGCCUAAACGGCACUGAAGCUAAUCGCACCACUUCUCCGGUCUUCAUUAUUAGCACGCGUUACAUGACACAAUGGAAACGGGAGAGGCAACGAGAACGUCUUUGUCGCAUGUACAAUCAGAUUUUAACGGAAUGCUCGCAGCUUAAUGGAAGCUGGCCUGACCCGGAUGAUCCACGCUGGAGCAGCGGGGAAUAUGUAGAACUUCUGUCAGACUGGUUUCCGUCAAAUAUUACCAACGGGACGAUAACAGGAAAUACAACAGCCUUAUCAACUGCGGAACCUUUCACGCCUGUUCUACCACCCUUCGAACUCUGGCAGACGAUACUGAUUGCUUUCUCCCUCGCAUUAUGUAUACUGUUAACCGUCGGCGGUAACAUUCUCGUCCUUCUGGCGUUUAUCGUAGAUAGAGCCAUCAGGCAACCGAGCAACUACUUCAUUGCUUCAUUAGCAGCCACUGACAUGCUUAUUGGCACCGUCUCCAUGCCAUUCUACACGGUCUACAUUCUGAUGGGAUAUUGGAAUCUUGGGCCCUUACUCUGCGAUUUAUGGCUCUCCGUAGAUUACACGGUAUGCCUGGUAUCCCAGUACACAGUGUUACUGAUUACGAUCGAUCGAUUUUGUUCGGUGAAAAUAGCGGCCAAAUAUCGCAGCUGGCGGACAAAAAAUCGCGUGAUCUGGAUGGUAACCAUCACCUGGAUCAUCCCGGCCUUGCUCUUCUUUAUCAGUAUUUUCGGCUGGGAGCAUUUUAUCGGUUAUAGAGACCUAGAUCCUGGCCAGUGCACCGUUCAAUUCCUCAAGGAUCCAGUUUUCAACACCGCCCUUAUAAUUGGCUACUACUGGACGACGCUGGUGGUCCUGUUUAUCCUCUACGGUGGCAUAUACAAGACAGCUUACGACAUGCAGAAGAAAAGCGAGGAGAAACAGCGAAAAAUGCAAUCCAUGGUUGCCCUGAGUGCCGGUGCGAUGUCUGGUAUGGCAGGCCGUGCGGCUGGGAUAGGGAUGUCGAAGACGCAAAGCACUCUACUGAGUCAGGACAAGCCGAAACUGAGCACGUCCGGUGAGGAGGGGGCAGGCGGAGACGGUUCAGGGCAGAAAACUUCGUCAAAGACUUCCGGAACAGGCACGAGCGAUUCAACCGAGAAACAAGUGUACGGAAACACCAUUGCCACAGAGGCGGAAAAAUCAGAAAGAUCUAGCAGUCCGGCGUUCGAUUCCGACGAGGAGAGCACCAUGGGCCCAGCUCAACAGCUCAGCAGCAUCAGGAAACGAUCCUCUCUGGCUGGUAUGGUUGCCCAGUCCGGCGCUCUUCCGAUUUUCUCGACCAACGGACAUUUAAACGGAAUUGUCCCCGCGAAACUCGAGACGAACGUGCAGUCGAAGAAACUUCUCUCGGUCAGUCCAACGUGCGACAUAGGCACGGCCACGCAGAAAGCACAAACGUUGCCAAAGAUACAAGAAUUGAGCCUGUUGGACACGGAAAACGCACCAGAGCCUGACAAGUCGAGCAGUCAAACGCUGACGCCUGAACAAUCACAGUGGAACGGCGAUGGCCCAAGUCAGCAACCUCUGACCUCCGCCGAAACGUCACCGCCUACUCAUCCUACUCGUUCUAUCAGCAGUAGCCAGCAAAACAUUAUACCGCCGCCCACGCAGUUCCAAAGCAGCCCGCAAGUAUCUGACAGCCCUUCUACUUCGUCGUCGACCGACAGACCCAAGUCGCUAGUCGUGUCCUCUCACGGAACUUUCGAUAUUCUGACCGGCUUGGACGGCGGAGACUUGAGAUACAUGGACGAGAGCUCGGUGAUCUUACCGAGUCCUUCGUACGAAAGUCCAUCGUCUUCAUUGUCGUACAGCCUAGCGAAUCCUCUGUCGAGCGCGCCUUCGUCACCAAUUUUAGGGAACGUCUCCACGGCACCGAACACGAGUUUGUUGCAGGCUGCUCUGAUCAGAGCUACGGCGCAACAGGUCAGCAAUCAACAAUCGGGCCAGAUCAAACCGAGUCAGCUCCAGCCGGUGAUGUCCAACGCGUCUAGUCAAACGCACCCGCCUCGCGUGUUCAUCACUCAAAAGUCGAACGCUGCCUCUCAAACGUCGCCGACAGUUAGCAAAGUGCACACGGAGGUUACUGUGAAAGCAAAGGAUACGAAGCAACAGCCUGUGACGACGAUUGUCAGCGCGCCAGCAGCAGAGGCGUUCAAUACCGCGACGAGUCAGUUCUCGGACCAGGACGCGAAGGUCAAUCCGCCGCAGAAUUCGUCUUCUAGCGGUAGCAUGGUCCCGACGAUCUCCGGUCCCGGCACAACGGCGAACGAACAAGAUCCAAAGAAACAAUCGAAGAAGAAAGACUCGAGGAGCAACGAGGAAGGUGGAUCGAGGAAAGACUUCGUGAAGACAAUUGGCAAACGUUUGAAAACCAAGACGCAGAGAAGGGAUCCUUUGUUAGGCCGGCAGAAGUCUCGGACAGAGAACAGAGCCAGAAAAGCGUUCAGGACGAUAUCUUUCAUUCUGGGCGCGUUUGUCGCCUGUUGGACACCGUACCACGUUUUGGCACUGGUGGAGGGUUUCUGUUUGAACAAACCGUGCACCAACGAACAUCUAUUCAUGUUCUCGUACUUCCUCUGUUACACUAACAGCCCUAUCAAUCCGUUUUGUUACGCCUUGGCUAAUCAGCAAUUCAAAAAGACUUUCACCAGAAUACUGAAGGGUGAUCUGCACAUGACGUAAAGGGAGGGACGAAAAGACAAAAGAGAAAGGAGAAGCAGAUAAGGGACGUAGCUCAGAGGUGAACGUUACGAAGAAGAAGGCCUUCCAUAAUUAAAUACCGAAUUAUAUUUACACACCACGACUUAUGGUCGAAUUGGACAAUAACGUAGUAGAACUUGUUUAAACGCAGGCGAACCGAGUACUGUGUGCUUCAUGUAUAUAGUGAUAGGAUGCGAUUACGUAGCUUUAGACUGCAUUCGAGGAUGUACAUAAUGUAUAUGUAUGAAUAUUUGUUAAACUUUCGUGCAGGAACCAUGCACCACAAAGCAAGAUGUAGAAAAAGUAAUGUAUUUAGGUAGCUUUAGGUAACUGUGCGUAUUACAAUAAUAAUCGCUACGAUAAGUGCUUCGAUAUAUACAUAUAAAUCACCGAUCGAGUAUUCUUUAAAAAACAAGUACAGAGAUACGUUUCCUAGAACGUUUCAAAUCGUUCGAUAAAAAAAAAAAAAGAAAAAGACAAAGAAAAAGACAAACGAUAGAAAAUUAUUAACGCAAAGACAUCGAUCGAGAAAGAAAGAAAAAAUCUACUGUGCGUCACGAUGAAUGUUCUCGAGUCAAAGGCAAGAAGCUUUAAUUAUUUGGUUUUGCGGUCAAUCGUAUAUGAUGUCACUGUUGCAUGAGCCUCUAGUGCGGACACAUUAUGGUUUCAUAUCUUCAACGAUAGGGGAAUAUUUUUUACGAGCAACGAAACCAGAUGGACAUGGCUCGUCUCGAAGAAGUACCAAACAAUCAAGGAUUUUAUUAUCUACAUAAUGUACACACUGCCUUGGGGUGGCCUACUGAUACGCGGGCCUUCUUUCUCCGAAUUCAGUUAAAAUUUGGUGCUGUCCUCGCGAACGAGCGUCCACGAAUCUCCAAUCGAUCAUGUUUCCUUUUAGAGCAUUUCAUAAAACACGUUGACUCCGUCGAAAGGAGUCUUCAGACUCAAUCAUCGUAAUCAGUACGGCACGAGGAAAGAUUUUUCAUUUCUUCAAGAAUUAGGCGUCGAUUGUUUAAAAAAUUAACAAACCUGGAUAAAGAGCUUUUAGCCUUUGAAAAGUCACUGCGUGUUUUGUUUCUCUUAAAUUUUUAGUUGUAACGAGCAAAAUGUAGAUCUUUGAGUGACAAUGUACAUUUUGCAGAACAAAAGAUUUCGUUUGAACUUCCGCAGGAACUUUAAAAACUGAAUUCAAACCAACAUUUGCGCACAAUCGUACAUCUGAAACCGAUUAUG